AUGCGCAGCGCCGUUGUGGUCGUCCUCGUGGUGGCGAUGGCUGUGGGUCUUCAGUUGACACUCGCCCAGAACUCUCAGGUCUAUGAGCGUGAGGUGGUGUCCGAGUUGGCGGCGCAGAUCCUGCGCGUGGCCCAGGGACCCUCGGCCUUCGUGGCGGGACCUCACAAGCGCAACUCGGAGCUGAUCAACUCCCUCCUGGGGAUCCCCAAGGUCAUGAACGACGCCGGGAGGAGAUGA